CAUUUAUCAAUUUUCAUGUAAUACUAAAUGGUUGGCUUAUUAAAAAAAAGCAGAUGAAGAAAAUUAAAUUAUGUUCAGUAAACCAAUUGCACCACUAAAUAUUGUUUGUAACAAUGUAGUCUGGAUUAAUGAUGGUUUCUCUUCCAUUUAUUAGUUGCAAAGAAAAUGAUUUCUUAUAAAAAAAGGCCAAGGAAAAAAUAUUUAUAUGAAGAAUGAACUUCGAAUAGACUUUCAGAGUCUUAUGUGGUGAAAUUAAGAAGCUUUAGGCAAGUUUAUUUUAACCUGCAGUACUUUGCACUCUGACGUAAAAAUGGAAUUUUGGUGUUAUAAAAAUUUAAGGAAAAAAGCUGCCUUUGUUUCUUCUGUAAAAAAAAAUGCAGGAUAAACAAAGAUCGUCCGGAACUUUUCAGUUUCGCCACACGAGGUCCCCAAAGUCAGUUUGGAAUUGGUCUAUUAUUUCAUUAGGCACAUAAAUCAAGAUUACUUAGAAAGAAAAAGUUUUAUUCGAUUAAAAUUGAUUUAUUUAUAUCGUCCAACGAGUAAUUCGUAAAAAACAUUUAUGCCGUAAAACAGUCCUGUAGGUAGUAAACCUUCCAAACUACGCGCUUGACCAGUUCAAUGAGAUUGGAGAUUGCGCGUAUCCUACGUCGCUUUAGUUUGCUUCUCUUCUACUGAUCUGAUUAUGUCAUGAAAUAUUUAUUCUUUAAAAUACAAAGCAUCGUGCAUUAGUGACAUUUAAGAUGAUUUGUAAAAUAACUCAACGUGAUUCCUCGAAAUAACCUAUAAUUAAGUUAAAAAAAGUAAGAAUCGGUGGAUCGACCCGGUGAUAGAGAUGCAUUUUCAUCGUGAUUAUUUACGGUUCAAUGGAGCGAUCAUGACCGUCGCGUCAGCCACCUCUUUGAACUUCCUUAGCAAAAGCGAGUCGCCGCUGUUAAUGUAUCAACAGUGUUUCCAGAAGCAAUGCCGGAAUUGGAUUUAGAGGCGUGAGGGAUACGUUGCAAAAUGAGAAUUCAUUCACUGUUUUCAAGCCGAUUUGCGAGGGGAUUUCUAUUCUUCGUUGCAAAGUGAAAACUCACUACCGGAUCUCGAGUCAAUCUGCUCGACCAAUCUGUUUUCUAAUGAAUGGGACUGGAAAUCUGUGAGCUCGCAUCAAAGCAAGAGCGAUCUCUUCCUGUCUCAUAUGCUGCAAAGCUGAUUGAAGGUAUGCCCAGACAUUACGCAGGAAUAAUCGCUAAUGGUGGUGAUUGGACACAUUAUUAAGCAAUGCGCUCAAAGAACUGGAAAGGUCAUGUCUACAAGAUCAAAGGAGAAAGUUGUCGCAGCUUUUCGGAAAUUUUUCCGAUCCUCGGAGAAAAUAUCAGAACAAGACGGAGCAAGCAGCUCCACGAGUUCACCAUCGAGGAAGCUAUUAAGCCGGCAUCAUCGUCCUGACGCAGUUACACCAGCUGAUGGUGUUUUGUCAGAUAAUCCGGGUGCCAGUGACUCCAGUCAUGGGAAUUGCUUUUUCAAAUCCAAGAAAUCUUCUGGCAGUUCCACUCAGGGAAUUGUUGCAGUGCCAGAUAAAAGAGUUCGUUUGCGUAGAUUGAUGAAGGAACUUAGUGAAAUCCAGAGAACACAGCAUCGAUUAGAAUCCACCUUUACCGCAGAACUAGUCAAUGAUAAUUUGUUUGAAUGGCAUGUGAGGCUGCAUAAAAUUGAUCCAGAAAGCGAACUAGCAGCUGACAUGAGAGAGCUCAAUAUACCUUAUAUACUUCUUCACGUGGUGUUUCCGGAGAAUUUCCCAUUCGCCCCUCCAUUUAUGCGCGUUAUUUCACCUCGAAUUGAAAAGGGUUUUGUAAUGGAAGGUGGUGCUAUUUGUAUGGAACUUCUUACGCCAAGAGGAUGGGCUAGUGCGUACACUAUUGAAGCUGUCAUCACGCAGUUUGCAGCGAGCAUCGUUAAGGGCCAGGGCCGUAUAGCAAGGAAGUCGAAAACGAACAAAGAAUUUAAUAGACGUUCUGCUGAAGAAUCCUUCAGAAGUCUCGUAAAAACUCACGAAAAGUACGGAUGGGUAACGCCACCACUUGCAGAAGGUUAAUCUUGCAAGUGACUGUAAGAAACAAAAGACUUGACUGUUAUUUAAAAUACCGCUGCGUGCUGUUUUUAUGAGUAUAAAUUUGAUGAGUAUUAUUAUAGCUCCUUUCUGACUAAUUAUGUAAUUGUACCACAAUUAUAUUAGUAUAGUACUUCUACAUGCAACUGAUUAUACAAUAUUUGAGAAAGGAGAAACAAGGCAGAAGUAAAAUUUUGAAAAGGUUUUCAAAUCGGCUGAUUCUGUAAAAACAUCAAUAUACCUUAUACAUCAAUGUAUGUAAAAACGGUAACGUUAAAAUGUAUGGCUGUUUCGUUAUUAUAGUAUUACAAAUUUAUUUAUCAGUUUUGUAACAAAUGAAUUAUUGUAAAGUUAC